AUGGAAAGAUCGUCAGAGAUGCGUACGCGCUGGGUCGAGGGUUAUAAGCGUGCCGUCGGUAAAACAUGUCUGCUCAUCAGUUACACGACCAACGCCUUUCCGGGAGAAUACAUACCUACAGUAUUUGACAACUACUCGGCAAAUGUAAUGGUGGAUGGCAAGCCUAUCAACUUGGGACUAUGGGAUACGGCGGGACAAGAAGAUUACGACCGACUUCGACCGCUCUCCUACCCACAGACCGACGUGUUCCUUAUAUGCUUCUCGCUUGUCAACCCUGCUUCCUUCGAGAACGUGCGAGCUAAGUGGUUCCCUGAAGUUCGACAUCACUGCCCGUCGACACCCAUCAUCCUUGUGGGCACGAAACUCGAUCUGCGCGAAGACAAGGAUACCAUUGAGAAGCUUAAGGACAAGAAACUUGCUCCCAUCACAUACACACAGGGCCUUGCCCAUCAAGCCGCGGCGGAAGUGUACUCUGCUCUAAUUACGCCGCAACUAAGAUAG